CCCAUUGAAUAUUUGUUUAAAUAAGGACGGAAGAGUUGAUAUCAUAACAGUUUUGUAUUUAAUUCUCACAGAUCAAUAUGAAAUACUUUAUUGCGUUGGUCGUUUUGGCAAUUGCUAUAGCAGAGAUUAAUGCCGACUGCCUACAACAAUCCGACUGUCCUGCUGGAUAUUGUUGUAAACAAGUGAAUUCUUAUACUGAUCCAAAAUGUUUCCCUAUGCUGAAACAAGGAGAAAAAUGCAGCGUGAGAGAUAAUAUGAAGUACGAUAUUUACCAGUUCAGAUGUCCUUGUGAAGAAGGACUUAGUUGCACACAAUUUGCUGAAGGUAUCUGGGAAGGACAGUGUAAUUGAAAAGUUCUUCAGAUUCGUUUCAAACAUUGCAAUUUGUAUUGAAGUUUCUGGUAAAUAAAUUCUGUGAAAAUAACCUUGA